AUGAAACGCAAGCUCGACCAGAACGACGUGCCGUCGCCGGGGCCAAAGGAGGAGAAGCCCACGGCCAAGCCCAAAGUCGCAGACGAGGACCUCACAUUCGCCGACCUGGGACUCGACCCGCGAUUAGUGCAGGCCGUCGCGGAACAGAGCUUUCUGAAGCCGACGCUCGUGCAGCGCAAGGCCAUUCCGCUGGCUCUGAAUGGGCAGGAUGUUCUGUGCAAGGCCAAGACGGGCUCCGGCAAGACUGCGGCUUACGUUCUCCCCGUGCUCGCUGGUAUCCUGAAGCGCAAAGCUACGGACCCGAGCGCAUCGACAGCGGCACUCAUCCUUGUCCCGACGCGGGAACUCUCCGAUCAGGUCUUCAAGGCCAUUGAGCAGUUCUCGGCGUACUGCGCCAAGGAUGUCCGGGCCGUGAAGCUGACCGACAAACUCUCCGACGCGGUACAACGAUCGCUGCUGUCGACGUCGCCCGACGUCGUCAUCUCAACCCCCGCCCGAGCCUGGUACAAUGUCAAGUCGAAUUCGUCGGCGCUCGACGUGAGUAAGCUGUCGCACCUCGUCCUGGACGAGGCAGACCUGCUCCUGUCAUACGGCUACGAAGAGGAUCUUGAGAACCUGUCCUGGUCGAUCCCCAAGGGCAUCCAGACAGUCAUGAUGAGCGCCACCCUGACGGACGAGGUCGAUUCGUUGAAGAAGAUCUUCUAUCGAAGCAACGUACCCGCCUUGCUCGACCUCGAGGAACCGGAUGCCGAGGGCGAGGGCGUGACGCAAUUGGUGACCAAGUGCGGUGAGGAUGAAAAGUUCCUGCUGGCAUACGUCAUCUUCAAGCUGCAGCUCGUCAAGGGCAAAUGCAUCAUCUUUGUGGGCGACGUCGACCGAUGCUACCGGCUGAAGCUCUUCUUUGAGCAGUUUGGCAUCCGCAGCUGUAUCUUGAACUCGGAGCUGCCCGUCAACUCAAGACUGCACGUCGUGGAGGAGUUCAACCGCAACGUCUACGACAUCAUCAUCGCCUCGGACGAAAAGGAGAUUCUCGGAAACGAGGAAAAGGCAGACGAGGAGAAGGGAGGAGAAGAAGCCCAGGAAGAGGGUGAAGACGAGGAUGGCGAGAAGCAAAGCCAGCGACCACAGAAGAAGAGGAAGAUGUCGAAGCGGGACAAGGAAUACGGUGUCUCGCGAGGCAUCGACUUCAAGAACGUGGCUGCGGUCAUCAACUUUGACCUCCCCACGUCCGCGUCGUCGUACACACACCGCAUCGGGCGGACGGCGCGAGCCGGCAAGGCGGGCAUGGCAUUGUCCUUUGCCGUACCCAAAGACCUGUACCGGAAGCACAUGCCGACGACAACGGCGACGGCGGAGAACGACGAGAAGGUCUUGGCCCGCAUCACGAGGCAGCAGGCCAAGAAGGGCAAGGAGAUUAAGCCGUACAACUUCAACACGAAAGAGGUGGACGCAUUCCGUUACCGCAUGAACGACGCGCUACGAGCGGUCACCAAGGUGGCGGUGCGUGAGGCCAGAACGCGGGAACUGCGGCAGGAACUGCUCAAGAGCGAGAAGCUGAAGAGGUACUUUGAGGAAAAUCCGUCGGAGAUCAACCACCUCCGCCACGACGGCGAGCUGAGGACGGCGAGGCAGCAGGCCCAUCUGAAGCACAUUCCGGACUACCUGCUGCCAAAGGAGGGCAAGAAGGCGCUGACGGAGGACGACAUUGGGUUCGUGCCGCUGCGCAAGGGCGGCAAGGCACGUGGGCAUCGCAAGGGCAAGGGCACUAACAAGCGCGGCGGGUUCCGGGCGGGCGGUCGCAAGAGCGAUCCGUUGAAGACUUUUAAGGCGCGGCGCAAGACGAAGUAG